AUGAGCGAGAGCAAUAAUUUUUCAAGCAGAACAAAAAUCCUAAAUUCUGAUUUAGCAGACACUUAUUUAGAAAUAAAACGAGCUGAAUUGCUUUUGAAGCAAAAUGAAAUCUAUCUUGCUGUUAGGAAGCAGACAAAAGGCGAAUUACGAGUAAAACAAACUUACUUCUGCGAAGAGAAAAAUUUGGGUUUUGUUCGCUCUAUUACCGAUGUAAACCAAAUGAACAACGAAAAUAGUUCAAACACAACUGCAAAUACAGCAGAAAGUAAUCAAAACCAAACGCAACAGCAACAAAAUGCUGGACAAGAACAAAUAGAUAGACAAGUAAAAACUGAAACUUCUUCUAAAACUGUUAUUAUUAUUGAAGAACAAGAUGCUAAAUUAGUUGGUUAUCGUGAUAUUGGGCUUUUAUCCAUGCAUGGUUUUGACCCUCGAGAGCAUGAAGAUAUUAGAGCACUUUGCGGAGGUAAAAUUACCGAGGAAAAAUUAAUUCAGUUAAAAGGCAAAAGGCAAUAUGCUUUUCUUCUAGAUAAAAGGGCUAAUCAGCAAGCCCAAAGAAAUGAAAAUAAAGACAAUGGGCUUUUUGCUAACAACGGAAGAAUUGAAGGAGGUGUAGCCAUAUACGGUAGUGCUGAACUAGGUGGAGGAUACGAACCUAAAUCGGGCGGUCUGUCUUAUGACCAAAAAAGGGCUUUAACUAGUUCUCCUACUCACGCGGAAAGAUUUAAAUUAAAACGCUUUACUUCCGUAGAAGUUCUUGGUGAAGAAAUUAUGGGUAUGGCAUUAGGAAAAGAACGAGAUGCUGCCAUUGAGAUAAAACUUAAAAAUCUAUCUCUUACUUUAACCGAUAAAAUGUAUGAAGAGUUUAUGGAGGAAUUAACUCGGUAUGAAGAGACCAGUGGACAAAUUGAAUAUCCCGAAGGAACUUAUUAUUAUGGUGAAGGCGAAAUUCCUCAAAAACAUAUUAAUAAAUCAUCCUCAGCAACAAAUUUAACUCCCAAAGAAUACGAUGAACGAGUUGGUAAAUUCGAAGAUAGUUUAAAAAAAUCCACUUAUUCUCCUGACCAAAUUAUUAAGUUUGAUUUACUAGAUGAAAAAAUUACUCAAAAAGAUUUAGCUCGAAAAUUAACUCAGUUGAUUGCUUGCUGUGUAGAAGGAAAGAUCACUUAUAAAGACAAAAGCACAACAGUUACUAAAAGAAAUACCCGAGCAGGAAAUAAAGCCUAUUGUGAUCUUAAAUCAGUUUUAUUAUUUGUAGAUUGGUCAAUUGAAUCAGAUGUAAACUUAGUUUUGAAAUCUCCAAUGGUUAGUUUUAAUAUACUUAAUAAAGUAUUAGACAUUAUUCCUUGCACUUUGGCAAAUAAUUUUCAAGUAAUAGCAGUUAGUGGAGGAAAAGAAACAAAAACUAUCAAAAAAACUACUGGAAUUAUGAAAAUUAAAAAAGAUGAACCAGCUGAUAGUUUAAGAGUAGAAAUUCACAAACACGACCAAUAUCAUAUUGAAUUUCUUACUUGGGGCAUGUCUCCUUCUGCUCCAAAAGGAAGUGCCAUCGACUUACAAAAUAAAUUAAAUGAAAUUGCCAAGGCACUCCCAAAUAUUUUUACUACGGCAGGAGAUACUUCGACCGCUAUAGAAAACACUAAUUUAACUAAUGUUGGAAAUGCUGCCACUAAUUUAACAACAGUAACUGGCGAGCGCGAUAAAGCCCUUGACGAAGCAAAAAAAUUAAAAGCUUGA